UGUUUCAUCUUUGUGUCAGGUUUGAUUUAUUGUUGGGAUGUAAAGAGAACGUCAGAAGCGAAAUGCCCCAGCUUCAAGAAGAGCUGUGUCCUGCUGCAGUGAGUCCACGACUCCUCUCAUCAUCAUUUACUGUGUAAUAUGGAGCUUUGCUGCCGGCACUGUGUCCUCGGCCUCGUUUCUCCGUGCUCUGUGAAGUCAUUCCCGAAGUGCUGGUGGUGUAUUUGCUGUUCUGCAGAGAGUUUCAGGCCGUCUGCAGCCAGGACAUGUCCCCCCUCUCUCUGUCCUCAAACACCGUCUGUCUUCAGUCUUCCUCUGAUGUCCUCAUGCUGUUCUGGUUCUCCUGUGAGCUGCUAGAAGUCCAACCCUGCACUCGUUAUUUGUUCCAAGAGCACAUGAAACUGUGGCACUGAUCUCCUUCAGUCCGUGUCAUCUAACAUCUCAUAAAGUGGUGUGUUGCCAACAAACCUCCUCCGGCUCCUCCUUCUCUUUCUCCUCCUCCUCCUUCAGUCCUGGUUCGUUACGUCAGAGCUGACGGGAAGCUCCACACCGUCAACCUGCAGAACGCCAACCUGGCCGACGGCCGGACCCACUCCAUCAUCCUGAGACUGGGCGGCCUUCACCGUGACAACAUGCACAUGGAGCUCUACGUCAACUGCAGACUGGCGGACUCCAGCCAGGGCCUGCCGCCGUUGGUCCCUCUGCCCAGAGAGGCGGAGAUGGUGGAGAUCAGGCACGGGCAGAAGGCCUACGCCCGACUACAGGGCGCCGUGGAGUCCCUCAGACUGGCUCUAGGGGGCAGUGUUGCAAAAGCUGGAGCUCUGACGGACUGUCCGUUCCAAGGAGACUCAUCAGCCUACAACUCAGUGAGCGGGGAGGUGAACUCCAUCCUGGGUGAUCACACCAAGGCUCUGAUUGGUCAGCUCAUCAUCUUCAACCAGAUCCUGGGAGAGCUGCGACAGGACAUCCGGGAGCAGGUGAAAGAGAUGUCUCUGAUCAGAAACACCAUCCUGGAGUGUCAGGUUUGUGGUUUCCACGAGCCUCGCUCUCGCUGCUCUCCUAACCCAUGCUUUAAGGGCGUGGCCUGUGUGGAGAGUCUGCACUAUCCUGGAUACACCUGUGGACCCUGCCCACCUGGAACCACCGGCAACGGGACACACUGUACCGACAUUGACGAG